AUGGAUGGUGCUGGCGGCGGAUGGCAGGGCGUCGGCGACGGCAGGGGAUGGCAGGGCAGCAGGGAUGGCACGCGGGGUGGGGAAGACGACCAAGGGCGGUGCGUCGACGGCAGCGCCUCCAGCGACGCCUUCUACGGACACAGCGGGGCCGGCGGGGAGCUGCAGGAUGCGGAGAGACUACCCCCGGCCGCCUUCUACUACGGCACGACGAACAACAACGACUACAGCAAGUACGCGACGACGGGUGGGUUUGAGGUGAGCGGCGGCGGCGGCGGCGUCCACACCAGCGACUACCUGCCCCAUUCAGCCGCCUACGACGCCCUCAGAGACAACAGCGGCGAUCACAUCCCCGGCGGGUGUUACGCCAGGGAAAGUAGCCUGGGCUGCGACAGCCUUCAGGAGGAGCGAGGCUACGGCAGGGACUAUGUCACCCCGGGCGGCAGUGAUCAGCGAUGCCGCGGGCGCCGGCGGGAGUGCAGUGACUACGGCAGCCUGCCCAAGCAGUGCUACAGUGACAGGGUGGGAAGUAGUGCCUGCAGUGACCAGUGUGAUGAGUACAGUGAGUGCCACAGACGGCAGCAUGAGUACACACCUUCCACAGUACAAGUAACGGCCAAAGUUCUCUUUGGUUCCGUGAGUGCCAUAUCCAACCUCAAGCAGAGCAAGAAGACAACCAAGAAGAAGUGAGAGUGCCGAGGACAGUGCCGCCACUCUUCCUCCUUCAGGUGCCAGCAGUGCCACAUCCUCCCUUCCUGUACAAGUCCUGGUGAAGACGGGUCAUAAGGAAGCGAGAGAGACAGAACCCAACGCUACACAGAGGUCAACCACCGGUCACGCCUUGACCUCCAGUCCCACAACACGCCAAUGACCGCAAGGUGAUCAAUGCUAUAAUCCAAGGUCACAGGUCAAAGCUAAUCUCAGGUCACCUCAGUGCCUCCCCCUCCCCUCCUUCAGUAUCCAUUUCCUAUGUAUGUAAAGCUGUUUUGUGAAUGAUUUAUAAACAAAGUCGCGAUACGCUGCGUCUGCUGCCAGCACUGUAAAGUGUCUCACGCUGACCUCUUGCUGGAUCUGGUGAGGCACUCCUGCAGCCGCUGGAGUGUCGAAGCAAGUGCCGUCUGCAACAUAUUUUGGGGCUGGGAUUUCCUCUCAUCUUUGUACGUUAGGCGCAGGUCCUUCUCAAACGCACGAGUGACGCCCAGCACCGCAGUUCUCACGCGGGAAUUAUACAAUUUCAGAGAGAGAGAGAGAGAGACUGCGGAUAUGAACGCUUGUGUCGAGUACUGACUUCCAACCUUUUUUAUUUGGAAGAGUCCAUGAUUUACGCCAUACAAUCUCAGGGAGCCCCUACCUGGCUGACACUAGGGGCUACAGGAAGUCCCUACCUGGCUGACACUAGAGGGCGACAGGAAGCCCCUACCUGGCUGACACUAAGGGGCGACAGGGAGCCCCUACCUGGCUGACACUAGGGGGCUACAGGAAGCCCCUACCUGCCUGAUACUAGGGGCGACAGGGAGCCCCUACCUAGCUGACACUAGGGGCGACAGGAAGUCCCUACCUGGCUGACAUUAAGGGCGACAGGGAGCCCCUACCUGGUUGACACUAGGGGCUACAGGGAGCCUCUACCUGGUUGACACUAGGGGCUACAGGAUGUCCCUACCUGGUUGACACUAGGGGGGCGACAGGGAGCCCCUACCUGACUGUUACUAGGGGGCGACAGAGGUUAAUUACAAAAAUUGAGACAUGUAAAAGAGGAAGUGUUAGUAAAUACUCAUUAACUCAUACUUCUGAAUAAAAUAUUACAAGAGUAUUUAUUGCCUAUUUCUAUUGACAAAUUUUGUUAAUAAAUUAUAUUAUCACUUUACAUCUGGCUACUGGCUGCACUGUGUUUAUAUUUUGUAAUGAUUUUGUGUUAAUAUU